UCAAACAAAAGAGAAAAAGAAGAAAGAUAACACGCACAAACUAGGCACUCGAGACAACUCAGAACCCAAGAGAUUACACAGCUGAUCAGAAAAAAGCCAAAACUCAAAGAAAGAGUCCGCGGCCUCUACCGAUCCAAGCAGAAGAAGCCAAAAACAGAAGUGAUCUUGGAUGCACUUAUCCCAGACAGUACCUUCACUAAUUUGGCAAAUCAAUCUCUACCCAAGGUAAAAACAGGCGCACACACGCACCUAUAUAUAUGUAUAUAUAUGUACACACACCACAUGCAGUAACGGCAAAGAACAACAUGAACAAGAAGAUGCUGCAUAACCCAAGCCAAUAUCGAAAAAUUCAAGGGAACCAAAAAACAGGAGCAGCUGCAGCCAUGAUGAUAAGCCGCUACCACAACCCCGUCCUCUCAGCAAACCAGUGCGGUUCAUUCCAAGUCCAAACCAUAGACGCACCCCUUCCCCUAGUUUGGUCCGUGGUCCGCCGCUUCGAGAACCCAAAAGCAUACAAGCAGUUCGUCCGGAGUAGCACCAUGCGCGCCGGCAAUAAUGGUGGCAUAGGAAGCAUACGUGACGUGAAUAUUGUUUCCGGCUUACCGGCCAGAACUAGCACCGAGAGGCUUGAAAAGCUCGACGACGAUAUGCACAUCAUGAUUUUCAGCAUCAUUGGUGGCGAUCACCGGCUCGUGAAUUAUCGUUCUACCACGACUUUGCAUGAGGAGGCCGAGGAAAAGACGGUGGUGAUCGAGUCGUACGUGGUGGAUGUUCCCUUGGGAAGUAAGAAGGAGGAUACAUGCACUUUUGCGGAUACUAUAAUUGGAUGCAACCUUAAAUGUUUGGCCAGGAUGACCGAGAAGAUGGCUCGUGGGAAUCUUGAUUUUUAACAAGUUCUUCAUAUUUUCCAAAAUAUAUGUACAUACAUAUAUAUAUAUAUAUAUAUACAUAUCACGAUCGAGUAUCAUAUCCUAGUAAGAAAAUGUUUUGAGGAUUCGGAUUGAUUCAGAUUGGCAACUACUUAGUUGGGCUCCUGAUCUAAUCCUACGCUUGCGCUGAGUCUCAUGAGUUCGAUUGUAAAGUGAUUUUGGAAGUGCCUCGAGUUAGAGGAACAUGAUCACAAACUUAAAUAAGCAGACCUGUUUAUCACGCCUAGGCGUAGCUAAUGAGCUCAAAACUCUUGUAAUGAGAAGAGAUUCCCUGACUAGCGGAAAAACGAACAAAGAGUUCAGCUCAAGGGGAUCAUAUUCUCGCUCAUCAAAAAAAGUUGUCGGCGACGUCAUUGACCUGCUGAUAAAAAAAAAUAAAAAAAAAAAGGUAAAUUGAUGUUA